GGGCCCGCGGAGCCGAUGCGGAGGCGGCUCCUGGAGGGCGCCAUGGCGCUCGCGGUGUCGCCGGACGCCAACUCGUCGGGCGCCGCGUCCCCGCCGCCGUCGUCGGCGGCGUCGGGGCCGAUGUCGUGGCUGUCGGGGUGCCACGGGGCGUGGUACAGCCUGGCCGUGAUGCUGCCCUCGCUGGCCUUCGUGGGGUUCCUGGCCUGGCAGGCCCGCCGGAGCUUCCGCCGGCUCAGCUACGGCCGCUCCCACGUCGUCGUCGUCGCCUACUACGCGCUCCUCUGGGCCGUUGCCGUCCUCAACCUCCUCUGGUGCUUCCUGCAGGUGUGGCAGUGUAUGCCUGAUAGGGCCUUUUCAUGGAAUGUGCUCUCAUUGUUUACCAAAUCUGGAAUGUUAUUCUUGGAAGUUAGUCUUAUAGCAUUUCUGCUUCAAGGAAAUGAAACCAGUGGUUACGAGUCUUUGGCACGCACUUUUGUUAUCUCCGGAGCUGUAGUCUGUGCCGACGUACUGCUCAAGACUAUAUAUGUAUUUGGCUUUAGCGUUCCUUUGUUUAUUGAUGCUGACCAAGGAACUGGUGGGAAAUGGGGUCUAUGGAUUCUUCACAAACUGGUGCUUACAGGAGUAUAUGGCGUGAUUAUGUUCAUGUAUCAUUCAAGGUGGAGGGACAGGCUACCUGCAAAACCAGCAUAUUACCACUAUGUGUGUGCAAUGCUGUUACUGAAUGCCUUAUCGCUGUUUGGCUGUUUCCUUGCUGCUUGUGGAGCUGGAUUUGGUUUAUGGUUGUAUAAUCUCACUAGUGUCUGUUACCAUUCUCUUUACCUUCCACUGCUCUAUGUGACAUUCUUAGCAGACUUCUUCCAGGAGGAAGAUAUGCUUCUCGAGAAUGUAUACUACUCCGAGAUGAAAGAUGCUGGGUUCUUUGAUGCUGACUGGGAUUAAUCUACAUAUAGCCAGAUUACCACGAUGUAUGUGACUCGCUUGAAUGCAGAUUUGCACGGUGUAGCUUCAUUCUGGAAACUGAAUCUUAGAACAGAGAUUGUAUCAUAACGAGUAACAACCAUCAUAAUCAAUGAAAAUAUGUAAAUUUAUUGGUA